AUGACCGAUAGCUUUGAAAAACUCAAAAAUGAUAAAGAGCUUCAAAUCAUGGCCAUUGAAGUUCAGGCUAUUUGUAGUGAAAAAAGUUUUGAAGAAAUUCUUGUAGAUCUUCACAAAACGCGAAAUGCGGAACUUACGAUCAAUCGUAUUUUUGAUGGGAAUUUUCUUGAAGGGACGCGUUUUGACACUUUGAAAAAGUCAAAAUUUUCAUUUCCUAUUCAUUUAUUAGAUGAAAAGGAUGAUGCAUCAUCAUGCGUACAUCAGGUCCACGUGUUGAAUCAAGAAAAUCCAAAUAUUGGUGAUGAUAUAGCUAAUCAGAGAUGCCAACGUAAGGAUGAUAAUAUAAAUGAAGAAGGAAUCAACAGGAUUAAGGAAGUCGAAAAAUUGGAAAGGAAAACUCAAAAGGAACAACAGAGAUUGGAACGUAAAAAACAAAAAGAGGAACGUGAGGCUGAGAAAAAAAGGCUCAAGCAAAUUCAGGAAGUUAACAAGACCAAGUAUGAUAAAUUCGAAUUGUGUCGAGAGUUGAUACUUGACAUUUCAAAUAAUUUAUCAGAAAAAAAUCUUGUUGACUAUUUGCGGGACAAUCCAAAGUAUACGUUAUUAACUAUCAACGUCGUUCAACACGAUUUUCCUAAUAUCAUUAAAUGGCGGAGGAAAAUUACUGCGGAAUGGGAUGAUGAAUUUUGCGCUUUCAUGCCAACUCCAGAAAGGAUUCAAGAAGAAUCAUUUUUAUUGAUUUAUUUUGAGAUAUCAGAAUUCACCAAGUUUAUUAAAGAUGAUAUCUUAUCCGAUAAUAUCAAUAAAAUUCAAGAAACUUUUAGUAGCAAGAGAAUAAUUAUAUUAAUUGAAGGUUAUGAAAGCUAUUGUCGCAGGAGAAAAACACAAAUCAAUCGAAAUUUCACCAAUGCUGUUCGGUCAGAACAAGAACCUGAUCUUGAAAAGCUGGAAGAAGAGUUGUUGUGGUUACAAGUAAUUGCAAAAUGUUUAAUUGUUCACACGAAAAAUAUUCAGGAUACAGCAGAAAUGAUAGGCAUUCUCUCGGCUGAUAUUGCAACUAUACCAUACAAAAAUCGUAAUUGCGAUUUGAACUUUUGGGCUGAAGGUCAAGUACGAUCUGGUACCGAUCCUAGCAACACUUGGUUACGCAUGUUACAAGAGAUUCAAUUCGUGACCGAGCCUGUGGCUAGAGGGAUCAUAAAUGUAUAUCCGACUGUCAGAUCGUUAUACAAAGCAUAUCAGAGGUGCCUCACUAGAGAAGAAGCAGAAAAUCUUUUGACAUCUGUUGAG